AUGGCCUUGUCGAUGGUAUCCGGUAUCACAACUUCAGUUAUCCUCGAGACAAUCCUGCUCCGCCAGGGGGCUGACCAGCUCUCCUGGCCGAUGGCUGCUCGUACCGCUAUGGGAAUGAGCAUGGUUUCGAUGUUGGCCAUGGAACUAGCUGAAAAUGCAGUUGACUAUCAUCUGACCGGUGGGAUAGUUGCUUUUGGAGAUCCGAAGUUCUGGUUGGCGGCAGUGGUAUCGAUCGGUGCUGGGUACUUGGCGCCGUUGCCGUAUAACUAUCUGCGUCUUCGAAAAUAUGGGAAAUCGUGUCACUGA